AGCUAGUAUUAGUACGUACAAGAGCUCUGUGUAUUAAUUUCCACUGCACUGAUCCCACGUGACAAACCAUGGAUUUCCUCAGGGUCAGGGGGGCCUGGGGCCCAUGGCUUUCUUUACAUUUCUUCUUAUUUGAUCCUGAAUCUCUAUAUUUUUUCAACCUGUAAUUGGUGGAAUAUUUGUGAAAUUAAGGACAGCGUGAUCUCUUUUUGCUACAGUACUUGUCAAAAGUGAUCUCUAUAAAUAAUAGUAGUAUUUGCACUUCCUUCUUCAAACAAGUUCUUUCUCAUUCAGCAAUAAAAACAAAGGAAAAACAAAUUCUCUCUCUCUUUCCCUCUGUGUCUCUUUCUUUUUCCUUUUCUCUUUAUCAAUUGGCCUAGCUAGAAGAAAAGCCCAAAAUAUGUUUACUAAUAUCUUCUUUUGUUCUUCGAAUGUUGAAAGGCAAAAGAAGAAGAAGAAAAACGCCAGCUGGAGCGUGAGGGACCAGUUGGAAACGGUACCCGACGACUCAGUACAGUACUUGCCCCAAACGGUUCCAUUCUACGGGCUACCAUUGGAAACCCGACCCAGAUUAUCACUCCGAUCCGACUACAAUAACACAAAAAGUGGUGGUGGAAUCGUCAAGGCGAAUAAGAAAUUUGGGGGGAAAAUGAGCAAGGUUGGGAACCUGUCGGAUCUGAUUCAACGAGUUACGGCGUCUUGCUUGCUUCAUCCGCUCACCGGCAUCGAACGCCGUGAAAAUUCAAGCGACGGGGAAGGAAAAGACGAUGCGGAGGAAGUGUACGAGUACGAGACGGAUGAGCAUGAAAAGGAGGAAGAAACCGAUGAAGAUGAUGAUCAACAAAUUGAAGGAGUGUUGGAAAGGAGAAGCGGCGGUAGCAGUAGUAGUAGCGGAAGGAAGCAGAAGCAGGUUUGGCAGCCAAGAACGAGGGAGGUCGUGGUGGAGAUGGAGAUGACGAUGGGGCAAGUGUUUGAUGCGGUUUCGGCAAUGAAGAAAGCGUACCUGAAAUUACAGGAGGCGCAUUGUCCGUGGGACCCGGAGAAGAUGAGGGUGGCUGAUGCGGCCGUGUUGGCAGAGAUUAGGAGGCUGAGUGUGCUUAGAGAGAGGUUCAGAAGGAAUGUUGUUGUCGGCGGUAACGGAGGAGGGAGAUCUGGCUCCGGGAGGAUGUUAAUGGCUGCUACGACGAUUAAAGAGGUGGUGGCGCCGUAUGAAGCGGCGGUCGAUGAGCUGAAAAGAGAGGUUAAGGCUAGAGAAGUUGAAGUUGAGAACCUGAAGGAGAAGCUCAAGAGCUUCACCGUCAAUGGCGGUGGGAACGGGAAGAAAGGAAGGUCUUUCUCUAGGAAGAAGGUCAGCUGUAGUCUUGCUCAAGUGCCGCUAUCUACAUCACCGGAAUUAUUCGAGGUGACAACGAGUAGAGUAACCGAUGCAUUAAGGACAUUUACGUCUCUACUCCUCUCAUUGAUGCGCUCCGCCCAUUGGGACAUAGCAGCCGCAGUUCGUUCCAUAGAAUUGGCCUCCGCCGCUGAAAGCGCCACCGGAGACGCAUCCACUAUAUCCUCCUCCGUCACAACCCAACACGCCAAGUACGCUCUAGAAUCCUACGUAGCCCACAAGAUGUUCCAAGGGUUUGAUCACGAGACGUUUUACAUGGACGGAAGCCUCGCGUCGCUCAUCAACCCGGACCAGUUCCGCCGAGACUGCUUUACUCAGUACCGUGACAUGAAGGCUAUGGACCCCACGGAGCUUCUUGGAGUACUGCCCACUUGUCACUUCGGCAAGUUCUGCUUCAAGAAGUACCUUGCCAUUGUUCACCCCAAAAUGGAGGAGUCUUUGUUUGGAGAUUUGGAGCAGCACCGCCAGGUCGUGGCUGGGAACCACCCCCGCAGUCAGUUUUACAGCGAGUUCUUGGAACUUGCCAAGACUGUGUGGCUUCUUCACUUGUUGGCUUUCUCGCUUGACCCGGUUCCUAGUCAGUUCGAGGCUAGCAGAGGAGCCGAGUUUCAUCCUCAGUACAUGGAGAGCGUCGUUAAGUUUCCCGGUGGGAGGGUUACGCCGGGUCAGGUUGUGGCUUUGCCUGUUAGUCCCGGGUUUAAGCUCUGGAACGGGUCAGUUAUCAAAGCCAGGGUGUACUUGGUACCAAGGAGUUGAAGAUGAAGACUACAGUGUUUGGAUUUUGUUGUAAGUGUUGUAAGUGAUAUAAUUAGGGUUAAGCUAAUGGAUUGUCCUACGACAUAGUAUGUCUUGUAAUUUUCAAGUACUGUUUUUUUUUUAUGUAAUAGGUGUAGUGUUCAUGGGUAUUGAAAGCCAAAGGAAUGUUGCGUGUUAUUAAAAGUUUCUAGCAAAGUGCUUGAUUAGGUGAGAAUCGUUAUUGCAGGGAUAUCAAUUGUGACAAUAUGUGUAAUCAUGGCUCAUCCAAAUAAAGUAAUUAAAAUACAAAUCAAUGCCUGCUGUUCAAAA